CGCCGACAGCACCUGUUUCCGUGAACAUCCAUUUUAAGUGCUGUGUGUAUUUUACCUGGAAUCUUCAUGCUCUCAGGUUUCAUCCUGACUAACCUGAGGAGCAGUUGGCCUUAGGCGGCUCAGAGACACCAUGACACACAGGUCUCCAUCCCGCAGCACAGGGCUCAGACAAAGUCUUAGUCCCCAGGAGGGUGAGGUCUGUGUGGAGAAGCCCAGGGCUGGGGAUUCCCCUGUCCCCAGUUUCACUUCUCCAGCUCCUAACCUGGGUCAGGUCCUUCUGCCCCGACACUGAUGACAACUGGGCGGGUCUCACGCCCAUUGGGUGACGCGAUCCCGGAAAACCAACCAGCGUCGCCGCGAUCACCGGUUAUAAAGUCCACAGAAUCCGCUGAACACGGACGCCUCCCAGAUCUGAAAUGGUGGCGAUGUUGUGCACGCUGCUCCUGCUGCUGGCGGCCGCCCUGGCCCCGACCCAGACCCGCGCGGCCCGGCUUUGGGGAGCCCCGGUUCAUCUCUGUCGGCUAUGUGGACGACACGCAGUUCGUACUCUACGAUAGCGCUUCGGAGACUCCGAAAUACGAGCCACGGGCGCCGUGGGUGGAGCAGGAAGGGCCAGGGUAUUGGGAGAGGAACACACGGAACGCCAAGAACAUUGAGCAGAUUUUCCGAGGGAACCUGAGGACCGCGCUCGGCUACUACAACCAGAGCGAGGCCGGCUCUCACACCAUCCAGAUGAUGUAUGGCUGUGAGGUGGGGUCGGACGGGCGCUUCCUCCGCGGGUACAGUCAGCAAGCCUACGAUGGCUGCGAUUACCUGACCCUGAACGAGGACCUGAAGACGUGGACAGCAGCGGACACGGCGGCGCAGAUCACCCGGCGCAAGUGGGAGCAGGCUGGUGCUGCAGAGAGACUGAAGGCUGAACUGGAGGGCACAUGUGUGCAUUCGCUGCGCAGAUACCUGGAGAACGGGAAGGACACACUGCUGCGCACAGAUCCCCCAAAGGCACAUGUGACCCAUCAUCCUGGACCUAAAGGUGAUGUCACCCUAAGGUGCUGGGCCCUGGGCUUCUAUCCUGCUGACAUCACCCUGAACUGGCAGAGGGAGGAGGAGGAACAGACUCAGGACAUGGAGCUAGUGGACACCAGACCUUCUGGGGAUGGAACCUUCCAGAAGUGGGCAUCUCUGGUGGUGCCUUCUGGGGAGGAGCACAAAUACACAUGCCAUGUGCACCAUGAGGGGCUACCUGAGCCCCUCACUCUGAGAUGGGAGGCUCCUCAGUCCACAGUCCCCAUCACAGCAGUCAUUGCUGGUCUGGUUCUCCUUGGAGCUGUGACCAUCAUUGUAGCUGUGGUGGCUGUGGUGAUGAAGAGGAGGAGAAACACAGGUAGCAAUGGAGGGGACUAUGCUCUGGCUCCAGCGUGAAGACGGCUGCCUACCCUGACAGAGUGACAGAUGAUGUAUCCAGGCCCCUCCUGUGACAUCCAGAGCCCCCAGCUCUCUUUAGGGAACAGUGUCUAGUGUUUCCUGGAAUCUACGACCUCAAUGUGAAGAACUGAGGAGCACACCUCACCCCCGCACACCAGUGAUGGUGGCCCUGUCAGAGGAGCAGUUGGUGGCAAUUGAAAUUAAGGAUGUCUGCCCACCAGGAGCAAACUCCUUGAUGCUGAUUCUCUGAAUAAGCAAGAGCCCAGGACCACAGUCUCCAGAAUGUCUUUCGGUUUUUGGUUCUGCUGUGCCUUCGCAGGUUUGUGGCUGCCAUCUUUCUCUGGUGUGUGGCAUGGUGUGAAUUGGUGUGGGGAGAUCCGCACUGCCUGUAGUGUGGUGUGUUUAUCUCAUGGGAACAUCCCGCUCUACCAGGCAGGGUUACCUAUGGACUAUCAUGAAGAUGAUUCCUUCCUAAGCUGUGCUGUCUAACUGAUAAUAAUGUUUAAUGAUAAAAUAUAAACAAGGAAGUGUCUCACAGCUAGAACACACGAGUUCCUAUUGAUCAGCCAUAUAGACUGUGGCUGAGGUUAAUGAUUAAGAAACUCCACUGAGUCCCAGUAGCCCAGCUAGUUUAAUUAUUUUAAUCUUAAUGUUGGGAGAUGUGUUCACAGGUGUCACAGUGCAUCAUUGCUGAAACAAAGCCUUAUUAUAGCUGCAGGUUUGAUCAGAUGUUUUGAUAAUAGUUUUGAGGUGAAAACAUUGUAAUUUUUAUAUUACCUGAAAGAUUUUUUUUCUUGGGUAUAUAAGUUGUAAGGGAAAGAAUAGAGGUAGAAGUGAAAGGAGUUAAGAUGGCUUAGAAGGAAAAAUUUAGAAGGGAAAGUUUAGCCAGGUGGGGUGGCACUAACUCCUGGCACUCAGGAGGUAAAGGCAGGUGGAUCUCUGUGAGUAUGGGGGCACACUAGUCUACAGAGCUACUUCCAGCACAGCCAGGGCUGUUAUAUAGAGAUACCAUGUCUCAAAAAAAAUCCCAAAACAAUAAAAACAAAAGAAUGAGAGAGGUAGAAGGAAAACAUCAAACAUGAGAGAGAAUUAGGUGGAGAAUCAGGAGAGGUAGAAAGAGCAGGAGAACAUCUGGGGAGACAGAAAGGACUUCCUGGAUGCAG